AAAAAAAUCACACACAUAUAUAAAGAAAUAAAUAAAUAAAAAAGAAAAAAAAAAAACUUCUUGAGAUUGACAAGCAGAUCCCCACCGAAAUAAAUUAAUAAAUUCACCAUACACCCAUCUUCAUAAAACCCUUAGAGAAUUCACCAUCGUUUUUUGUUUUUGUGAUUUAUAUUUUUAUUUUUUCAUCUGUAAGUAAUUGUUGUGUAGGGAAGGGGAGAGAGAGAGAGGGGGAGAGAGAGAGAGAGAGAGAGAGAGAGAGAGAGAGAGAGAGAUAGAGAGCUAGAGAGAGAGAGAGAGAGAGAGAGAGAGAUUUGGAAGCUAAAGGGGUCCUAUGCUGGGGGACUCAUCAACUGUGCUUGGAAGCUCCUCCGGCGAUGCUGCUUCGGCAGUGGCCGCAACUGAAACACCAACAACAUCAACAAUAGCAGCAGCAGCAGCUGCUGCUAAUACCCUUGAAGGUGGUGGUUCCGAUGUCGGCGAUGGCGGUGGUGGUGGUGCUCCUUCGAAUUCCGGCGAUGAAGAUAGGAUUAAUAAUAGAUGUGAAGAAGGUGAUAGAAGCUUCGGAGGAAAUCGAUGGCCUCGUCAAGAAACCUUGGCACUCUUGAAGAUUCGCUCCGAUAUGGACGUGGCGUUUCGUGAUGCAAGUGUUAAAGGUCCAUUGUGGGAUGAAGUUUCCAGGAAGCUAGCAGAACUUGGUUAUCAUCGAAGUGCCAAGAAAUGCAAAGAGAAAUUCGAGAACGUGUACAAGUAUCACAAAAGAACCAAAGAAGGUCGAACAGGCAAAUCAGACGGCAAGACAUAUCGUUUUUUUGAUCAAUUGGAAGCUCUUGAAAAUCAACCUUCUUCUUCUACUUUCCCGGUAUCUCCAACUUCACAACAACAACAUCAUCAAAAAAGUACACAUCACCAACACCAACCAACCUCCAUGGCGGUUGUUUCAGCUUCAUCUACAUUGGCAACAAUGUCAGCUGUUGGUGGAGGAGUGACAGCAAACGUCGUCGUUCCAUCACAUCAAAGCACUGUUCCAUCAGCUACACAUCCUUUAAUGUCCAUUUCAUCUCAACCCUCUUCAACAACAACAACUCCUACUAUAAACCUUACGUUCUCUUCUUUCCCUCCCACAAACCCUACCAUUGUUCCUCCUCCACCACAACCAGUUCUUAUUCAACCAUCUAGUGGUGCAACAACGACAACAACAACAACAAACCCUACCAAUAUCCCAUCUUCAUUUCACUCCAUUUCAGCUGAUCUUUAUUCGACAUCUUCUUCGACCUCGUCGGACGAAGAAGUGCUCGAAGGGAGGAGGAAAAGGAAAAGGAAAUGGAAGGAUUUCUUCGAGAGAUUGAUGAAGGAGGUGAUUCGGAAACAAGAGGAGUUGCAGAAGAAGUUCUUGGAAGCCAUCGAGAAACGCGAACAGGAGAGAGCGGUUCGCGAAGAGGCUUGGAGGAUGCAAGAAAUGGCAAGAAUCAAUAGAGAAAGAGAGAUAUUAGCGCAGGAGAGAUCCAUAGCUGCCGCCAAAGACACAGCAGUGAUGGCAUUUUUGCAGAAGAUGUCCGAGCAGCAAAACCAGAAUCCGAAUCCGGGACAACAACCACCACAAAAUAUUGCUCUCCAGCCACCGACGCCGCUAGCAGUGCUGCCGAUUUCGGUACCGCCGGUACAAUCUGCACCGACGGCUCCAUCUGCAGCAGCAGCAGCAGCAGCAGUAACAGUUCAAGCCUCAGCAGCACCAUCAGCACCAGCAGCAGCAGCAGCACCACCACCACCACCACCACGGCCGCAGCCAGCUUCUGCUGCGGAUAAUAACGGAGAGAAUUUGAUGGGGACGAGCUCAUCGAGGUGGCCGAAAAUGGAGGUACAGGCUUUAAUCAAUCUAAGAACGAGCCUGGACCCUAAGUACCAAGAAAGUGGUCCAAAAGGUCCGCUAUGGGAAGAGAUCUCGGCGGCCAUGAGAAAGAUAGGAUACAAUCGAAGUGCGAAAAGAUGCAAAGAGAAAUGGGAGAACAUCAACAAGUACUUCAAGAAAGUGAAGGAAAGCAACAAGAAAAGGCCUGAGGAUUCCAAGACAUGCCCGUAUUUCCACCAGCUAGAUGCUUUGUACAGAGAGAAGAACAAAUUCGAGAAUUCUCCAAACCAAAUAAAGCCGGAGAACACAAUCCCACUCAUGGUUCGGCCGGAACAGCAAUGGCCUCCCCAACAGCAGGAUCAGAACCAUCCGGAUUCUGGUAUGGACGAUAUGGAAAGCGAUCCGAUGGAUCAGAAUGAAGAUGAAGAUGAUAAAGAUGAAGAUGAAGAGGAAGACGGAGGAGGUGGAAAUUAUGAGUUGGUGGCUAAUAGACCACCACCUGCUUCAGCUUCAGUUAGUGCAGCUGAGUAAGGAAUUCAAGAAGAAAAACAAAAACAGAAAAAUUGAUGGAAAAUGUGGGUCAAGACUCAGAGGGUUGUCGGACUGGUAAGUGGGUGGCUCAGAAUUUCCGGCGGACCUGAAAUUUUUGGCUGCAGCAAAUACGGGGGAAAAAAAAAAAGGAAAUUAUACGCAAAAAUUGCAAAAAAAAAAAAAAAAAAAAUUACAUGGGAAGGUGGGGAUUGUAGCAUAUAGUCAGUGAGAUUAUAUGUUUUUAUUUAUAAUUUAUUUAUUUUUUUCUAAAUUAAUAAUGUUGAAGAAGAAAGAGGGAGAUAGAAGAGAGGAGAGAGAGAGAGAGAGAGAGAGAGAGAGAGAGAAGGGUUCCCGGGUUCCACAGAAUAAAAAUGGAAAAAAAAAAAAAAAAAGAGAAUUAGUUUGUGUAUUAGUUAUUUGUUCCUUUUUUUUUUUUGUUUUUCGUUUUUUUUUUAAUUUUUUUUUUGUUCAUGUUGGUGUAAAUGUGAGAAAUGGUUAUUAGUCUCUAUUUUUGUUUUUUGAUAAUCAACAAUAUUUUUUUUUUCUUUUCCCUCAAUUGUUUUUCAUCAUCUAUUUUUUUUAUUUGAAAAAUCUAAUAUUUUCAUAUAUAGAAAAUGUAUAUUUAC